AGUAAGGGAAGAGAAGAAAGAAAGUUCUUUUCCAAUAUUAGAAGAAGCAAACUUGUUUAGAUCCGAUUCUCCCUCCCCAUCUCCUCUUCUCUCUCUCUCUACUCUCUAUUGAAAGACCGACGAUUCUAAGAGAGCUCUAUUCAUCUUUGAUCUGUUCCUCCCUCCAAAUCUACAAGUGUGUGUGUGUGUGAAAUCUGAACUUACACGUAAAAAAAAAGGCGGGAGGCAAUGAGGGGAAGAUCAGAGGGAGGGAACAAGAAGAAGCCAGUGAUUGUUCUCGUCUGCGUUGCUGCCCUACUCCUUGUUUUUGUCUACCUCUUCUUUGGCUCCUCCACCCAUGCUAUUGAGUACGGCAGGAAACUUGGUUUGUCUACUGUUGAUAGUGAUGAUGCUACCAAGAAGGGCGACACUUCCACCUCCUUUUAUGUUGACGAUGAUGAUCCCAACGGUUUCACUCCAAGAAGCUUCCCUGUGUGUGAUGAUCGGCACUCGGAGCUUAUCCCUUGCUUAGACAGGAACCUCAUUUACCAAAUGAGACUGAAGCUUGACUUGUCUCUGAUGGAGCAUUACGAACGCCACUGUCCUCCUCCCGAGAGGCGUUUCAACUGCUUGAUUCCUCCUCCUCCAGGUUAUAAGGUUCCGAUCAAGUGGCCGAAAAGCAGAGACGAAGUCUGGAAAGUGAACAUUCCUCACACUCACCUUGCUCAUGAGAAGUCUGACCAGAACUGGAUGGUUGUCAAAGGAGACAAAAUCAAUUUCCCUGGCGGUGGCACUCAUUUUCACUACGGUGCUGAUAAGUAUAUUGCAUCCAUGGCCAAUAUGCUUAACUUUCCCAACAACGUUUUGAACAACGGAGGAAGACUUAGGACGUUUCUUGAUGUCGGCUGCGGUGUUGCAAGUUUCGGUGGGUACCUUCUUGCCUCAGAUAUAAUAACCAUGUCCUUGGCACCAAACGAUGUGCAUCAGAACCAAAUCCAGUUUGCUCUCGAGAGAGGCAUUCCUGCAUACCUCGGCGUUUUGGGAACAAAGAGGCUCCCAUACCCGAGCAGAUCCUUCGAGCUUGCGCAUUGUUCGCGGUGCAGAAUCGACUGGCUUCAGAGAGACGGUAUCCUUCUUCUCGAGCUAGACAGGGUGCUUAGACCUGGCGGCUAUUUUGCGUAUUCGUCUCCUGAAGCGUACGCGCAAGACGAGGAGGAUCUCAGGAUUUGGAGAGAGAUGAGUGCUCUUGUGGGGCGUAUGUGUUGGACCAUAGCUGCUAAAAGGAACCAGACUGUGAUCUGGCAGAAACCGAUGACUAACGAUUGUUAUCAGGAGAGAGAGCCUGGAACUCAGCCUCCUCUUUGCAACUCUGACAGUGACCCUGAUGCUGUCUAUGGUGUCAACAUGGAAGCUUGCAUUACUCAAUACAGUGAACAUGACCACAAAACCAAGGGAAGUGGAUUGUCUCCAUGGCCAGCUAGAUUAACUUCUCCUCCACCUAGGCUUGCUGAUUUUGGAUAUUCCACUGACAUGUUUGAGAAGGAUACGGAAACUUGGAAGCAUAGGGUAGAUGCUUACUGGGAUCUCUUGAGUCCUGCAAUUCAAUCAGACACUGUGAGGAACAUAAUGGACAUGAAAGCAAGCAUGGGUUCCUUUGCUGCCGCUCUGAAUGACAAAGAUGUUUGGGUUAUGAAUGUUGUUCCUGAAGACGGACCCAACACGCUUAAACUUAUAUACGACAGAGGCCUGAUGGGUGCUGUUCAUAGCUGGUGUGAAGCGUUCUCAACGUACCCUAGGACAUAUGAUUUACUCCAUGCUUGGGACAUCAUUUCCGAUAUCAAGAAGAGAGGUUGCAGCGCAGAGGAUUUGCUGUUGGAGAUGGAUCGUAUACUUCGCCCGAGCGGGUUCAUACUCAUAAGGGACAAACAGUCCGUAGUUGAUCUUGUCAAGAAGUAUCUCAAGGCUUUGCAUUGGGAAGCAGUUGAUACCAAGGCAACCUCCGAUUCGGACCAAGACUCGGACAAUGUCAUACUCAUUGUCCAGAAGAAGCUCUGGUUGACUAGUGAGAGCCUCAGAGACCUGGAGUGAUGAUCAUGAUCAUUUAUAAUGAGGACAAGAACAAGAUUCCACAGAAGAUUUGGCUAUUGAGAUCAUCUAAUCAAAGCAUACAACGAAGAAAGAUUCGUUUUAUAGCGGCAUUUAAACGUUUUUUUUCUUUUUCUGUUUAAUGUUUUCUUUCUUUUACAUAUUCAUAUAUGUUCUUUUGUAUGGUUCAGUAGAGAGGACUCAGUUUCCUAUCAACUACAACUUUUUUUGGAUGCAAUUAGAUGUAAAACAUUCAAUCAUUAAAUAAUAGCUAUAUAUAUAGACCCA